AUGAAUAGAAAUUUAAGAAGCAAUCGCGCCAAAAAAGAAUAAAUUUUAAAAAGAGAUUAAAUAAUAUUGUGCAAAGUAGAGACUGAAUAUAAAUUAUACAAAAUAGUUGAAGAUUGGAAUGAAAACGAUCCAGAAAUGAAAGUUUCUGAGAUGAUACCAUUUGAAAAGAAAAAGAAAAAUAAAUAAUAAUAUAAAUGUAAUGGUGAAACAUCAAUAUCAUCUUUAACAUAAUGGUAAAAUAUGAUUUAUAACAAUAGGAUUGAUGUUUAAGGAGUAUCAAUAAUAGAUGAAGAGGAAACAAUAUAUGUUGUUGAUAUGGAGAUAUACAAAUAAAGUCAAAGAAGUUUAGUAAAGAAUAUAAAAUAGUAAGUGAAAUCAUCAUAAAAGUAAUAUGAUGAAGAUGAUGAAUCUAAUGAUCCUCCAAUAAAAAAAAAAAGAAAAUCAACAUAAUAAAAAACAUCAUAAAAAACAUAAGGAGAUACUCAAAUUAGUUAAUAUGAAGAAGAAGAUUAAAGUGAUUAAAGUUCAUCAGCAGAAGCUGAACCAGUUCCAAAGAAAUAAAGAUAAUCAAGAAAAACAGAAGAGAAAGAUAAAAAGAAAGGAAAAAAAAGAAAGAGGAAAAUGAAUGAAAAUCUAAAAAAUCUAAAAAGCGUAAGUACAUAAUUUGAAGGAAGUGAAGAUUAAUUAAUUGAUUAUGAAAGCACAAGAAUGAAUAAUAAGGAAAUCAUUAGAGCAGCAAUAACAGGAAAUUUAACUUUGAUGGAGAAUAUUUUAACAAAUAGAUAAAGAAUAUCAUAAUUAUAUGAUAGAUGGGGACCAGAAUAUGAUAUUUCAAUAUUUGAUAUUCUAUUUAAAAGAUAAGAUAAACAGUUACUUAUAUAUUUCUUAUAAAAUUAACACAAAAGAGUUUAUUUUCAAAGAGAUUUACCUUGUUAAUUAAAAGAAAUAGAUACUGGUUAUAAUAAUAAAUAAGCAUAUGGUGUUAAAUUAAGAAAAGUUGCUUUAGGUAGAGGAAAUAGAGAAGGUAAUAAUGCUUUUGUUUAUGAUUUAAAUUAUACUCAUGAUACUAUUUCUGAAUGUCGAAGAUUAUUGGAGAUUGAAACAAAUUGUGAAAUGUAUGAAUAGUUAUUUAUUUAUCUUAAAUAAUCAAAAUAUGAUCAUUAUUUAAUUGAUAAUGUUGCUUUUGCAGUAAGAUGUGGUAAUAUUAAAUCUGCUAAGUUUUUGAUUAAAUAUUCAUUAACAAAUAAUUUAGAUGGUUAUGGAUUUAAUUAUUUACAUCACGAUGUUUUAGAUGAUAAUUUUAGUACUUACAAAUUAGAUUAAAUUAAAAAGAUUUCAAUUACUAAAAAAACUUAGAAUGAUUAUUUAAUAACUCCAAUUCAUUGUGCAUGUAUAAAUCCCUCAGAAAAUUGGUUAAAAUAUUUAAUGGAAUAAACAAUGGAAUAUAAUAUAUAAGAUGAAAAUGGAAGUAAACCAAUUCAUUAUGCUGCUGUAUCUUAAACAUCAAAUUGCUUAGAAUAUUUAUUAGCUAAUGGAGUUGAUGCAAGAGAAGGAGAUAAAUUUUUAAAUACUCCAUUAAUGUUAGCAUCAAAAUAUGGUCGUUCUCAUAAUGUAAGAUUGUUAACUAAUACAAAUCUAAAAGCAAAGAAUAAAGAAGGAAAUGCUGCAAUUCAUUUAGCAAGUAUUAAUGGACAUGUUGAAUGUGUUAAAAUAUUGAUUGAAAAUGGUUUAUUAAUUAAUUUUGCAGGUAAAAAUAGAUUGACUGCUUUACAUUUAGCUGCUGCUUAUAAUCAUUUAGAAUUACUUGAAUAUUUAUUAGAUGAAGGAGCAAGAAUUAAUGCUAAGGAUAAAUUUGGAAGAACACCUUUAAUUAUGGCUGCUAGAAAUGGUAAUUUAGCUAUUUUAUCUAAAUUACUUUAUUAUGGAGCAGAUUUUAAAAUUAGUGAUUCAUCAAAAAAUAAUGCAAUUCAUCAUGCUGCAGCUUAUGGAUUCUUAGAAUGUGUUUAAACUUUAAUAGAAGCUGGAGCUGAUUAAAAUGAAUUUAAUUCUUGGAAAUUAAAACCUAUGAAUGUAGCUUAAGCUAAAAAUCAUUUUGGAAUAGUUAAGGCAUUAUUGAAAUAUGAAAAUACUGAUGUUAAUUGUAUAGAUGAUGAUGGUUUAACAUUAGUUGCAGGACUUAUUAAAUAAUUUGAUCAUUCAUAAGAAUAAUUUGAAUUUAUUAAGUAUAUAAUCACUGAAAAAAAGGCUAAUAUUAAUAUUUAAGAUAAAUUUGGUAAAACAUGUUUAUAACACGCAUUAACUUGCUCAUUCUCUGAUUUAUUAAUUGAUCUUAUUUAAUUAUUAAUUGAUCAUGGUGCUGAUAUUAAUAGUUAAGAUAAAGAUGGUAGAUCUAGUUUAUUACAUGCUAUUAAUGGAGCAUAAUCAGAAAACCAAAAUAAAUUAGUUAAAUUAUUAAUUAAAAAUGGAGCUAAUAUUAAUUCUUAAGAAAAAGAAAAUGGAUUAACCCCAUUUUCAUUAUUGUUAUAGAAAAAAAAUUAUAAAUUAUGUCUUGAACUUAUAUAAGAAAAUUAAAUAGAUGUUAAUAUUGUUAAUAGAGAAGAUAAAUCAUUUCUACAUAUUUUAAUCGAAAAUCAAUUCUUUUAUGAAGACAUUGCAAUUCAAUUGUUUUAAAUCCUUUUAGAUAAAAUUAAUCCACAAUUAAUAAAUGAACCUGAUAUUCAUGGAUAUGUACCUCUAUUAAAACUCAUAUAAAUUUUUAUGAGUUCUAUUCAUUAAAAAGUUUCAUCAGAAUUUUAAAACAAUAUUUAAAAAGCAAAAGAUGAAAUAUGGUAAGAUAUUCUAAAUGAGUAUAACUAAAAAUUUGGUAAUGAAAAAGAAAAAUAAGAGAUAUAAUUAAAAGGAAAUUUUAAAAAAUUUGAAUAACGAUUAUCAGAAUAAAUUACUUAAGAAUCUUUAAUUAAUACUACAAAUCUAAGUAAUUAAGAGUAAUAGUAAACAUUUAUAUUAAAUGAUUAGAAUGUGUCAUCUUUAGGUGUAAAUCUUUUAUUUUAACAAUAACCAUAACAACAACAGUUAGUAUAAAAUAAUUUAUUUAAUCCUCCUCCUCAAUAAGGCAGUCUAUUUAAUAAUUUAUAGAACUUAAAUUAAGGAUUUCCUCAACCAAAAUCAUUCAAUAUGUUUGGAUAACCACAAGCUUCAUUUAGCAAUUACAUAAAUAAUGCGCCUUCAAUCUAAGGAUUCUAUCCAGUUUAAAACUAAAAUAAUAAUUUUGCAUUUUCAAACUCUAAUAAAACACCUGAAGAAUUAUUUUAAAUUGAUAUUUAGUAAAGGUUAUCUAAUUCAAAUUGUAAAUUUUUUUAAUCUUAUUUUUAUUAUGAUAAGCUCUAAUUGUAAAUUGGUAUAACACCUUAGAAAUAAACUGAAAUAGAAAUGAAAAGAGUUGAAGAUGGAUAUUUUUAUUAAAACUAUAUUUUUAAAUUAUUAAAUCAAUUAAUUCAAAGAGGAGCUGAUAUAAAUUUAUCUGUAAUUAUAAGUAAAUAGUUUAGGAAUCAGAAUUUAAAAUAAACUUAAAACUUUAGUAAUAUUUUUCAUUUAGUAUUUUAAUAAUUCCCAAGUAUUUCUUUUGUAAAAGAAUUAUUGAAGAUUUUUCCUUAUGAAAUGAUAACAAAAAUGGAUGGUUUUGGUACUCCUUUGCAUCAUUUCUUUAAAAACUUUAAUCCUAAUUUAGAAAUAUUGUAUAGAAAUAAUGAAACAUCAAAUUCAUUUUUAGACUACUUAAUAACAUUAGGUUUAGAUUUUAAAGAGAAAAAUUGUAAUGGAGAUACACCAACUUUAUAGAUUGCACUUAAAUAUAAUUAGUCAUGGCAUUUUUUAUUAAAGAAAUUAAUAAGUUUAGGAGGUUAAAUAAAUGAUUGUAAUAAUUUUAAUUAAGUACCUUUACAUUAAUUUGUAGAGAAAACAGAUUUAUAAGUAGUAAAGAUUUAUUUAUCAGAAUUUAAAGUAGAUCCAAAUUAUUAAGAUCAAAAAGGAAGGACAUCACUUCAUUUUGCAAUAAACUUUAGUAAUCCAAAUGCAAAUGCAAGUUUUUAAAUGGAAUAAUAAUUAAUAAAAUUUGGAGCUAAGUGUGAUAUUAAGGAUGUAUAUGGAAGAACUCCAUUAUUUUAUUCAUUUACAAAAUUUAAUGAUCCUCGUUAAACAAAAGAGAUUGAUCCAUUUGAAUCAGUUUCAUCUUUGUUAGCUUUUAAGGAAUGUGAUGUAAAUGUAUUAGAUCGGUAUUAAAGAUCUCCAUUACAUUAUGCAGCCUUAAGAGGAAGUGCAAUUUCAGGUAGAUAUAUGAUAAAAAUGGGAGCAAUUGUCGAUAGUCCAGAUAUUUAUAAUAAUACACCAAUUGCAUAUUCCUUUUUUUAACAUUCUAAUUUUAGUACAAUGUUGAUUGAUAAUAAGGUAGAUGUAAAUAAAGUUAUAAACAUUCUCAGUCUAUAGGAAUUGACCUAAUAGAAAGAAAAGUUUUAUAGAGAAGAAAUUAAUAAUGAUCCAGAGAUUGAUAAAUUAAUGAUUAUUGAAGAUGAAUAUGAAAGGGCUAAAUUAACUGCCGAAUAAAAAUAAUAAUUAGAUUUAAGUGAUGAAUCUGACGAAGAAUAUGAAGAUGAUGAAUAAGAUGAUGAAAUUCAAUCAGAUUAUGAAUCUUUUUAGGAUAAUUAGGAAAAGAAUGUAUUUUAUUCAAGGAAAAGAGAAAAAUAAAAAUUAUAAUAAGCACCUCCUUCUUAAUUUGUUAGAAGUUAAGCAGAUAAGAUUACAUAAAGAGAAAGAUUAAUUUAACAAAAAUUGAGAUAAAAACUAGAUUAAGAUUUAGAUAUUCCAUAACAUUUACAUAAUAAUUUACCAACAGGAUAAUAUAGUUAUUUUUCAUAAGCAAUUAAAUUUGGAUGGUAGGGUGUUGCUUAUUUAUUAAUAAGUGAUGGUUAUGAAUUUGUAAAUGCUAUUCAAGAUUCCAUUAAUGCAAAUUAAUUCUAAUUAGUUUUGACUCUCUUAAUGAAAGUAAAAAAUGAAAAAGAUUUAUCAAAAUUAAAUUCGUAAGGUUAAAAUUUAUUCCAUUUAUUUGCAAUAUAUUCUGCUUCAGUUGCAUCAGAUCUCAAAUAAGAAAUAGUAGAAUAAUUUGAAUUAAAAAACAUAAGUCCUUAUGUUUAAGAUGUUAAUCUAAAAUUACCUUUGCAUUAUGCAAUAUCAAAAAAUAAUAAUUCAUUAGUUGAAUAUUUUCUAUAUAAUAGAAAUUGUGAUCCAAAUAUAAUGGAUGAUUCAGAAAAUAAUGCAUUCACAUUACUCUUACAACGUAGUUACAGUUAAAGUUUUGAUAGAAUGAUUCGAAUUGGAUUGAAAACUGAUGUUAAAUUUAAAAUAUUGAAUACUAAUAAAUACAUUAAACCUUUUAUGUAUUUAGUUGAUCAUUUGAAAAUAUAUGAUGCUUGGACAUUGUAAUAAUAUGUAAAUUAUGGAGUUGAUAUUAAUGAAUAAAAUGAUUAAGGUUAAACAGCAUUAAUUAUUGCAAUUAAAAAUAACAAUCUAGAAUUUGUUAAAUUUUUAAUAAGAUAACCAACAUUCAAUAUUUCAUAAUAAUUAAGAGAUAAAGAUGGUAAAACUCCAAUUCAUCAUGUUGUUUUACCUUUAGAUUUUGGAUCUUAUGAAAAUUUAGAAAUGCUGCAACUUUUAAUGAAAAUAUUUGAUUAUAAUUAAACUGAUAAUAAUGGAUUAACUCCAUUAGAUUAUGCAUUAAUUUUCGAUGCUUAAGUUAUGAAAGAAGAACUCUUAGCUAAUAAUGCUUAUCAUACUAGAAGUUUGAGAUAAUAAAGAAUGGCUACUUCUAUAAUUGCUACAGCAUUAUGGCCAGAUCAUGAAGUUGAUUUUGAAGAAGAUGCAUUAAAAUUCUUAGAAAAGAAAAAUAUUUAAAUUGAAGCUGAAAUUGAUAAUAAAUUAAUUGUAGAUUAAUAAGCUAAAAUUGCAAAAGGAGAUCUAACUGUUUAUGAUGAUCCUGAUUAUGGUCUUUGGUAAUGUUUACUUUCUAAAGUUGAUAUUGUCAAUAGAAACUUUCAUAAAAAUGUAUUUUAUAAGAUGCAAAUAUUGUUUGAUAAAAAUAGAAAUAAUUAUAUUCUUUUUACAAAAUGGGGUCAAAUAGGUGAAGAAGGACAGUUCUAAAUGACUCCAUUUGAAAAUUUAGAAACAACAAUAAAAGAAUAUUGUAAAAUAUUUGCUGCAAAAACAGGUGGUAAUAAUUGGAAAUUAAUCAAAUCUGGAGAAGAAGAAUUCGAUAAAAAACCAGAAAAAUAUUAACUAAUAAAAUGUUAAAAUAAUAAAAGCUAUAAAUCUCUUUUAGAACCUUUCGAUUUAAGUGAUAAAUCACCAUAUCCUUAAUGUAAAUUAGAUCCUAGCAUUUUUUAAGUUGUUGAAUAAUUCUCUUAAGUUAAAUUAUAUUAAUAAGAAUUAUAAAACCAUUAAUUUGAUACAGGAUUUGUGCCUAUUGAAAAACUAGACAAAAAUACUAUUUUAAAAGCUAAAGAAAUCUUAUUAGAACUCAAAGAGAUUGUUUUAGAAGUCAAUUUAUAUCAAAAUUAAUUAGAUGUUGAUUUAAAAAGACUAUCGUAAUAUUAUUCAGAAAUUAAUGAUAAAUCUGCAAGAUAUUAUGAGAUUAUUCCUAAAACUUAAAUGAGACAUAAUCUUUUACCAUUAUUAGAAACUUAAGAAAUAAUAAAUUAAUAAUUGCAAUUAUUAGAAUUAUUAUUAAAUGUUGAAUAAUCUAUUAAAAUAUUACUUGCAGCAAAUUACAAUCUAAAUACUAUUCAUCCAAUAACAUAUUGUUAUAAUGCAUUGAAUAUUAAAAUGCUAACAUUAAGUUAAUAGGAUUUAGAAUUUAAAAUGAUACAAACAUAUAUUUACAGAACUCAAAGUGUACGCAUAGCAAAUAUCUUUGCUAUUGAAAGAAAAGGAGAAGCAUAAAAAUUUGAAAAAUAUAAUUAAGGGUCAAGAAUUCUCUUAUGGCAUGGAUCCAAAAUAUCAAAUUUUCUAAGUUUACUUACUUUAGGAUUAAAAAGUAAUUAAUAUUAAUAAAAUUAGUUGCACCUUCUUGGGCAGUCAAUACAGGAGCAAUGUUUGGAAAAGGAAUAUAUUUUGCAGAUUAAUUUUCAAAGAGCUAUAAUUAUACCUAAGAUUAUACUAUCUAUAAUAAUUAUGGUUAUAAUUCAUAUUAAAGAAAUUAAUAUAAUACCAAUUAGUAUUAAAAAUAUAGAUAUUUAUUAUUGUGUGAAGUAAGUUGUAUGAAUUAAAUUGAAGCAUAUAAUGAUCCAUCUCAAAAUCAUUCACAAUUUUAUUGUAUGAUAUUUAAUUUAUUUAUUAGAACCUGAAUAUACUCUAAAAGCUGUUGGUUCAAAAGGUCCAGAUCCUAUUUCUUAAAUAAAAAUGCCUAAUAGAUGUGUUGUUCCUAUCGGGUAAAUUAUUUCUAACACAAUUCCACCUUAGUUGAAAUAAAAUAAAAAAGUUGAUUUUUACACUCAAAAUACUGAAUACAUCAUUUAUGAUGAAAGUAGAGUUAAAAUGAGAUAUUUAGUGUAAAUUGAAUAAUGAUUUAUAAUUAUUUUUCAUUAUUAUAAAU